AUGGGACAUAGAGGAUUUGGGAUGAACAUGCUUCAAUCUCCUGACGAGAAAAUGAAAUCAAUCAAAGAAAAUUCUAUUCUUUCUUUCAAUGUGGCUGCAGAUUUUCCCAUUGACUUCGUUGAGUUUGAUGUCCAGGUGACAAGAGAUGGCUGUCCUGUAAUAUUCCAUGAUAACUUCAUCUUCACGCAAGAACAGGGAAUUAUCAUUGAGAAAAGAGUUACGGAAAUGGCUUUACAUGAAUUUAUCUCUUAUGGACCACAAAAGGAUGGUGCAAAUGUGAAUCCUAUGUUCAGAAAGACAAAAGAUGGAAGAAUCUUUCAGUGGAAAGUCGCUAAGGAUGAUCCUUUGUGCACCCUUAAAGAUGCCUUUGUAAAAGUUAAACGUUCUAAAGGAUUCAAUAUCGAGCUCAAAUUCGAUGAUAAUAUUGUGUAUGGAGAAGAAGAGUUACGUCAAACUCUUGAAAACAUCUUGAAGGUUGUGUAUGAGCAUGCAGAGAACCGGCCCAUAAUCUUCUCAAGCUUUAAUCCUGAUGCGGCUCGACUAAUCAGGAAUUUGCAAAUGAGCUAUCCUGUAUUCUUCUUAACAAAUGGAGGAUGUGAGAUCUAUGCGGAUGUUAGAAGAAACUCAUUGGACGAAGCCAUCAAGAUUUGCAAAGAAUGUGGUUUGCAAGGGAUUGUUUCUGAGGCUAAGGCCAUAUUAAGAACCCCAAACGCAGUCACUAGAAUCAAGGACUCAAAACUUUCACUUAUAUCCUAUGGCCAGAUUAACAAUAACGUGGAAGUGGUUUACUUACAAUAUCUCAUGGGUGUGGAGGGAGUGAUCGUUGAUAUGGUCAUGGAAAUCUCUCAAGCUAUCGCCAGUAUCGAGGUUAGGAAUGCGGAAGAUGAUGAACAAGACGAUGGAAGAAAGUGUCUGAUUCUGCUCGGAGAGGAGAGCAAAAAGGUGAGGAUUUCUAGUGAUGCGAUCGCUUUCUUAACAGAGUUCGUACCAAAGACUACUUUAUUUGUUCAACAAUGA